AUGGCAAAUUUUCUUAGCAAACCACGCAUCAGGGCUGCGGUCAUCUUAGCAGUUCUUGCAGCGAUUCUCCUUCUAGAAAUUACAAUAUCCAGAUAUGAUUCAUGGUAUGGCGAGGAAACUGCUGAAUACAGACAUACACAUGGAUCCAAAGGAAGUGUAUUCAACCACGGGAACGUGGACGAGACGCCAUUGAAUGAUCUCAACGAUGCCAAGCAUACUGUCUCAAAGAAGAAGAAAGCCAAGAGUUCCAAGCAUGGCAAGAAGCACAAACACAAGAGUCACAAGUGCAAGAACGUUGGCAACAAACGACCCAAAGUGAAUCCGGGCGGAAGUAAUAGGGCUUAUGUGACCUGGUUCUCCAGCGACGGUAACAUACACCGACCCCUCGAAGAUGACCAGUACUUCAUCGCAACACGCAUCCUCAUAUGGCAACUUCUUCACAACCCCGAGACACGCACCAAUGGCAUCGAUGUCGUUGUCAUGGUCGACCCAACCAUCGACUCUCGACGACGUGAACGCCUCGCAAAAGACGGCGCCAUCAUCUACCCCGUCGAAUUUCUCACUGGUACAGUCGAAUUGCACCCCGGCCGGCCAACCUGGAACAACAUCAUGACCAAGCUUCGCGUCUUCGAAAUGACGCAGUACGAGCUCGUCCUCGUCAUAGACGGCGACAGCAUGCUUCUCCACUCCCUCGACGGCGUCUUCGACGACCCAGCCACACGGCCCCAAAAGACCCUACCUCACGAACCACGCGAGGGCUUCGCCCCAAUGCCAUCAACCUACGUGCUUGCCGGCCUCUCCGAAAUCUUCGACUCAAACCACCAAUUUCCCCCCACCCCCGGCGAUAUCAAAACUCCGGGGUACAUGAAUGCAGGCUUCUUCGUGUGCUCGCCGUCAAAAGAACUAUUCGAAUAUUAUCGCUCGUUCCUCCUGGUGCCAGAUGAGCGCUUCAACUCAGAGUACAUGGAGCAGAAUCUGCUGCGCACGGCGCAUGGCUGGGAUGGACCGAUGCCCUGGAAGGAAUUAGAUUACAAGUGGAACAUUCGGGAGCCGAAUGAGAAUGACUUUGAACAGGGCGUAGUAAGUGUGCAUGAGAAGUUUUGGGAUACGCCUCUUAUUUAUGACAAUCAAAAAGUCAAGGAUUGGUUGGCGAGUAGGAAGUGGGAAAUGAAGGGGUGGUAUGAUGCGUAUGAUCAGUUGUUUGAUGAUUAG